UUCAACCCCCAAACCCUUUCCCCCCCAUUACAGUAAUCACCUCGCAAUGAAAGCUUCCAAAGCCCAAUCAACACAGUACCUGGCACAUAAUGGUUGAUGUCCUUCAUAUUAAAAGGGGACUAAAAUGACAUUGUUACAUCAGGGUUAAUGUACAGUGUAUCUAUGUGUGGUGGUUCAGACAAAUACAAGCUUGGAAGACUAGAGCACAAAUCAGGUACAAAUAGCCCAUAUGAAUGUUGGAAUGAGGGUGUCUCUAAGUUUUCACAUCUUGUGUUUCUUUUGCAUUACAGAAAUUCUGCUUUUCUCAUAGCACUCAGCAUUUUCUUUGAUGUAGGAAUGUCAUUCAGAAUGGUCUUGACUUGGAUUCCUUGAAGAAGAGUGGGUGGUUCUUGGAGAUUGGGGAUGAGGGCACUGAACAGUUGAUGGUACAUUGCAACAGAAGUGGCACAGAGGGAGGAGACCAGGGAAACUCAUAAAGCUGCCUCAGCUCAGGGGAGCCAGAGUCAGGGCUGAUACUACUGGAAAACAGAAGACACAUGACAGAGUUUGACUCCACUUUCGGCACAGCUCAACUAUAUUGGAGCUCACACACAGACAAAGACUAGGAAGAAAAGAAAUUGUGGAAGUGAGAGACAAGGAAGAACUAGAGGAAGAGAGGCAGCUUGAAGAUAAGGAAGCAGCUCCCUCAGGCUCCAUUUUGGCCAUCAGUGGCACCAUGUCAUUUUCAAGGGACCCAGAGAGCAGUGGAAGGGAAGUGAUUUCUGAUGAAAGGUUCAUGAAGCUUACUUUGCCACCCCAGUUUGUUCCAGGACAUUUGGAAGACUUGGAAGAUGCCCUCAUCCAGAGAUCACCUGACUAUACACUCUCUGAACAUGGGAAAGAGAAGGAGACAAAAGUGCAGAAAGAUUGUAAACUGAGAAGUCAACUGAAAGAUAAUGAAGCAUUUCUUUCAUGCUCCAUUUUGGUUCAUGGUGCCACCAUGUCAGCUUCAAGUGACCCACAGAACAAUGGAAGUGAAGUGAAUUCUGAUGAAGGGUUCAUGAGGAUUCCUUUGUCACCUCAGUUUGUUCCAGGAUGUUUGGAAGCCUUGGAAGAUGCCCUUGAAGUAAAUUCUGAUGCAGGACUCAUGAGGAUUCCUUUGCCACCUCAGUUUGUUCCAGGAUGUUUGGAAGUCUUGGAAGAUGCCCUUGAAGUGAAUUCUGAUGCAGGAUUCAUGAGGAUUCCUUUGCCACCUCAUUUUGUUCCAGAAUGUUUGGAAGACUUGGAAGAUGCCCUUAUGUGCCUCAACUUUCCUCCUGCUUACAAAAUUGAUGAAAGUAAAGACAACUGCAGUGAUAACAGUGGUGGUGAAAAUCCCACUGAUUUCAAUGAUAGGCAUAGGAGUGGCAGGGAUCACAGUGACAAUCACAGCCAUGAAAAGCAUGCCAAUGAUGUCUACAGCAAUGGCUAUGGUGAAUAUGGACAGGGGAUUGCUGAAAAAGCCUUGAGAAGGGAUUAAAAUGUUUGGAAUGGCUUCUUCUGGUGAAGGGGAGAGGGAAUCCUUUAGGGAGGGUUCGAAGGACUGGCUCUUAAAAAAUCUGAAUUAAAAUUAUUGA